CGCAGUGUUAGAGCUCUCGCUCCGCAGCUCGCGCGCUCCAGCCUCUACCAUGCAGUCUGCAGCGGAGGACGCUCCGCACACUGGGAACGCCGCUGGUCCAGCUUCACUGGCUCUGGAGUAGUGGUCCUGCAUCCUGCUCUCCUCUCCUCUCCAUCCAUCCCUCUCUCUCUCUCUCUUUCUCGCUCACUCUCUCCCUGUUUCUCUCUCACUCUCCGCCUCCGUCUCUUUCUCCUGCUGAAGUAUUGGGACCGGGCUCUGUGUGUAUGAGUGUGUGAGAGAGAGUGUGUGAGAGAGUGAGAGUGUGUGUUUUUCACUCCUCCUCUGCACCUGCACUCCUCUGUUUUAUUUUUAUUUUUUUGUUUCUUCCUCUCCUGGAUAAAAAAAAAAAAAGAAGAAGAGAAGGUAUAAGUGAGGUUCUGCUCGGGCCGGCUGUGGAUCUCUGUGUCUCCGUGUGUGUGUGUCCGGCACUGAUGGAUGGGUUUGGGGCUUCUUCAUGCGUGAUGUUCUGCUGGAGGAUUCUGCUGCUGCUGGCCGUUACGCGCCACUCGCUCGGCUCUAUCCUGGACUGCCCGCCCACCUGCAGCUGCUCCAGCUCGGAGAUUCACUGCAAUAAGUCCUACCAAGGCACCUUCUUCCCUCUGCUGGCGCUGCACGAAACCGCCGGCGAGGGGAACGGCACGCACAGCAGCAUACCGGACCUGUUUGAGAACAUCUCCUCCAUACACAUUGAAAACUGGUCAGGGCUGCAGACUCUACGUGAUGUGGACAUGGAGCUCUACACUGGACUCCAAAGACUAACCAUCAUGAACUGCAAUCUACGGUGGAUUCAACCUCGAGCCUUCGCUCAGAACCCAAACCUACGCUACAUAAACCUCUCGCGGAACCCCCUGUCCACUCUUUCCUGGCAGCUGUUCCAGCAUCUGCAGCUUAUUGAUCUGAGGCUGGAGGGGGUCGUGUUUAACUGCAGCUGUGAUAUUCGCUGGAUCCAGCUGUGGCAGCAGAGGGGUGAAGCUGGGCUCCAUAACCAGCAGCUGUUCUGCAACAACGGCUUCAGCAAAAUCCCCCUGCAGCUGAUGAACAUCUCACAAUGCGAUUUACCUGAGAUCAGUGUGACCCAUGGUAAUCUGACCGUUAAUGAGGGGGACAGGUUCACCAUCAUCUGUAACGGCUCGGGAAUUCCCAUGCCGGACGUGGACUGGAAAGUGUCAGCGCUUCACUCCAUUAACACACACCAGGCCAUACAGCAUCCUCCAAACGUCCACUCCGUCAAUCUAACUCUGUUCAACAUCAGUCGAGAGGACAACUUCUUUGUGUUGACCUGCAUCGCGGAGAACGUCGUGGGGAUGACUAAUACUUCUGUUCAGCUGUCUGUUCAGUUUCCUCCCACCAUCGUGAAUUUCGGGGAACCUGUGAAAUGGCACGACACGUGUAUGGUGUUCACGGUGCGAGGAUACCCCCUCCCCACGCUGCGCUGGAUCUACAGGGAGGGCGAGAUCACGCAGACUGAGUAUGUGCGCACAGAGAUGGAGGUGUAUCAGGACAACCUGGAGGGCUGCCUAGUGUUCAAGAACCCGACGCACCACAACAAUGGAAACUAUACCCUGGAGGCCCGCAACGCUCUGGGUGUGGCCACCAAGACGGUGUACGCCCACUUCAUGGGGGCGCCAUUUGAGGUAGAUUAUAUAGAAUAUGUGAGUCCGAGUUUGACGCCCACCAUUGCGGUCACGCACCGGCCAGAAGAGGACACCUUUGGGGUUUCGAUCGCAGUGGGACUAGCCGGAUUUGCCUGUGUUCUCCUCCUCGUCAUGUUUGUGCUCAUUAACAAAUAUGGCAGACGCUCCAAGUUCGGCAUGAAAGGUCCUGUAGCAGUUAUCAGUGGUGAGGAAGACUCUGCCAGUCCCCUCCAUCAUGUCAAUCAUGGCAUUAUAACCCCCUGUACCCUGGACGCUGGACCAGAUGCCGUGGUGAUCGGGAUGACUCGUAUACCAGUGAUAGAGAACCCUCAGUACUUCCGGCAUGGACACAACUGCAACAAGCCAUCUACAUACGUGCAGCACAUAAAGAGGAGGGACAUCGUGCUGAAGCGGGAGCUGGGCGAGGGGGCCUUCGGGAAAGUAUUCCUGGCAGAGUGUUAUAACCUCAGCCCCACCAAGGACAAAAUGCUGGUGGCUGUCAAGACUCUGAAGGACCCCACCCUGGCAGCCAGGAAGGACUUCCAGAGAGAGGCGGAGCUCCUGACCAACCUGCAGCACGAACACAUCGUCAAGUUCUACGGCGUGUGUGUGGACGGUGACCCCCUGAUCAUGGUGUUCGAGUACAUGAAGCACGGAGACCUCAACAAGUUCCUCAGAGCUCACGGUCCUGAUGCUAUGAUCCUGGUUGACGGACAGCCACUGCAGACCAAUGGGGAGCUGGGCCUGUCCCAGAUGUUGCACAUAGCCACUCAGAUCGCCGCAGGGAUGGUGUACCUGGCAUCCCAGCACUUCGUACACAGAGACCUGGCAACCCGUAACUGCCUCGUGGGUAACGGCCUACUGGUCAAGAUCGGAGACUUCGGAAUGUCCAGAGACAUCUACAGCACUGACUACUACCGGGUAAGAGUUGGAGGUCACACGAUGUUGCCCAUUCGCUGGAUGCCACCGGAGAGCAUCAUGUACAGGAAGUUCACCACAGAGAGCGACGUAUGGAGCUUCGGAGUCAUCCUCUGGGAAAUCUUCACUUAUGGCAAGCAGCCGUGGUUCCAGCUGGCCAAUAAUGAGGUAAUCGAGUGUAUAACUCAAGGUCGUGUGCUGGAGAGGCCGAGGCUGUGUCCUAAGGAGGUGUAUGACAUCAUGCUGGGCUGCUGGCAGAGAGAACCUCAGCAGAGGCUCAACAUCAAAGACAUCCAGAAAAUUCUCUUUGCCUUGGGAAAAGCCACACCGGUCUACCUGGACAUCCUGGGCUAGAGCGGGUCCGAGCCGGCCCGGCAGUCAGACGGACGGACGCACGUACGGACGGACGGACAGACAGGGACAGACGGACGGACGGACGGACGGACGCGUAAACCCAGGAAUAACCCAAACGACGCGUACCUUACACACCACUGUCAGACACCGGCGGAGUGGGGACGGACUUAAGUGCCUGCUACACCUUUCCAAAUACUGGAUAAGAGUCUUUGAAAAGCACUUUUACAUUUUGUUUACCUGCAUAUACACUUGUACAGUUCUGCUGGAUGAAGACGAGAAGUCUCUUGAGGAGUUUAUUUCUUCUUUUUUUUUUUUGGAGAUUUUUUUCAUAGCAUUCUUCAAAAAUUCACAAAACAACAAAAAAAAAAUCUAAAAAAACAACCGGAAAAGGAUAAAAAAGGAAUAUUUUGUUCCCUUUCAGUUUCCUGACAGCAUCACAGAAGAUUAUAAACAUCUCCCGUGCUUACCCUCUUCUUUUUUUCCCAUUUUAUAACUAUACAUAAAUAUAUAAUAUAUUUUUAUUUAUUUUGCUUUUUUCUGCGGAUGUCUGCCAUGUUUCUUGCUGAGGGUACAUCACCUUUUUGAGAUAACUGCUUACCGUUGCCAACCCGCAGAAGAAAAAAAGCCUUACUGCGUUUGGGGUUGGCUCCAACUCCCCUCUGACCGCAGAGGAGCGUCCAAUAGGGCUUUUAAUUCCUAUUUAAAGGAGCUUUUUAGCCAAUCGAGGAACUUUAUGGAACGACGGAAACACCAAUCAAGAAUCCAAGCAAAGGGAAAGUUUAUUUAAACAACGAAAAAAAUGAAUGUAUAUAAUGUAAAUUUCUGUGUCACAAACUACAGUAUGGUAACUUAUUUCAUUUUCCUCUUUAGAUGAUUUUAGUUCCUUGGCGUGAUGUUACAGUGAGUGGAUUCUAUAAAUAUUUUGAUAAUAUUUUAAUGUUUUUUAUUUUUCCACACACUCAUUGCAAUGUAUGUUGUUUUAUUGAUUUCAAUCCUUUCCAUCUCAUUCUUUACUUUCUUUACUUUUACUUUUGUCUUCUUUUAGGGAUUUGUGAUAAAACAGUGACUUUAAGAGGACUUUGAAAUGAAGGUAGAAAAGCAGUUAGAUCGAGUUUCAUAGCAGAACAAUCGCGCUUCUCCAAAAGAUGCCAUAGUUCCCCUGAAAAAUGCUUCAGAUGUCAUAAUCGCUCGUUUCAUGUUAUAGAUCCUUUAUACACAUUCGUGAAAUUUAUUCGGACGUCAAUAAAUUAAAUAAAACAAAUGUAUAACUGACAUGUUUA